UCAGUAAGCAAAGAUCCUGAAUAGGAAGACCUUGUUGAGAAUUAUUUGAAAAAUAAAGAUGAAUAAAUAAUAGGGUAAGAGAGCAAAGUGUAUAUCCGAUUAUUGUAUUAAAUUAUGAAAAUCACAGGAGUUUAAAAACGUACGUGAUGUUUCCAGUAUUUUGAAAUUUUCCAUGUUAAAAGUUUUGCGUCUUUGGCAUUGUCUCAAAAAAUCAAAUUUUACUACUCUUUGCGUAGUUUUAUUCGGACAUUUACUGAUUUAUCAUUUAGUGAUUAAUUAGAAAUUGUAUGGAUGAUGGAUCCUCGACGUUGAGACGACACCUAAGUCAGUGAUUUUCCAGUAUUUUGGCGUGUCUUUUCUAAAGCUAAACCUCAGUGAACCUCAUUGGUGGACUUUUCAUCAGUGUAACCAAAUCUACAUUGUGAAUUUUGAUAAUAACAUUAGCCAGUAUGCCAUCUUGUACUACAAUAGUUAGAACAGCAGCAAUUGUUACCAAAAGAACCAUCCAAGAAAUGAAGGACAGUUGUCGGUUGCCACCACUUCCAACUAUUAAGGACAUCAUUCGUUUGUAUAAGCUACGAGCACUAAGGCAGCUUUCUCAAAACUUUUUACUGGACCUAAAGUUAAGUGAUAAGAUUGUAAAAAUGGCUGGAAAUAUAUCUGGUUUUCAUGUUUGUGAAGUAGGGCCAGGUCCAGGAAAUAUCACAAGAGCUAUCUUAGAACGAGGAGCAGAUAGAGUUACAGUUAUUGAGAAAGAUAGAAGAUUUUUACCUUCUUUAGAAUUCUUAGCUAGUGCAACAAAUGGAAGACUGCAUAUUAUAAUUGGGGAUGUUUUGGAGUAUGAUAUAGGACACUUGUUUAAUAGGGAACUUGCAAAGGAUUGGAAUGAUGUACCACCCCCAUUUCACAUCAUAGGAAAUCUUCCAUUCAAUGUAUCUACACCUCUGAUUAUUAAGUUAUUACGACAGGUAUCAAACAGAGAAGGUCCGUUCGCCUACGGAAGAACAAAAAUGACUCUUACUUUUCAGGAGGAAGUUGCAGAAAGAAUGAUAGCUCCAGUGUUUUCAGAUCAGAGAUGUCGUUUGUCAGUUAUGUGUCAGAAUUUAUGUAAAGUUGAACACAAAUUUACUAUUCCAGGUCAAGCCUUCCUGCCUAAGCCCAAGGUGAAUGUCGGUGUUGUACUUCUUACACCUCUCAAACAACCUUUGAUUAACCUGCCAUUUGAAAUUGUGGAGAAAGUAGCAAGAUGUCUUUUCCACAGUCGGCAAAAAUAUUGCAAGCGAGGCAUUCAAAAACUUUACCCAGGAAAUCGAGUUGAUCUAGUCGAAGAAACUAUACGUCUUGCUGAUAUUGACCCAAAUGUCAGAACUUUUCAUCUGAGUGUAGAGGAAGUUGGUCAGAUUGCUAAAGCUUAUGACUAUAUUUGUCAACAGAACCCUAAACUCAAGAACUAUGAAUUUAGAAUGGGGAAGUUAAAUAAUGAUGUAUUGAGUGAAGAUAAGGAUGCUCAAAUUCAUAAUGAGUGUGUUAAUGUUUAACGGUGUAAUUAUUUUUAGAAUAAAGAUAAUAUUUGUCAAGAUGGGAAUGUACAUCCUGUAAAGUCAGAAAUAAAAGGAACAUUGCAUUGUA